AAGAAACAGCAUCGUUUCUAUUUCCUCGCGUCUGGUCACGGGGAAACGUCACCGAGUCUUGUUUCUCCUUGACUAGAGGGAAGGAUCCCAGAGGGGCAGGUGUUAUUGUGAAAGUGAGACGAGGAAAUUCCCCGCUGGACAACUCCCAGCAGGGACCAGGGCUGCUUCAUGCACCUGCGUGCAUGAUCUGGACCUGCGCAAGCUCCUCGGUAAGCGCUGUGCAGAUUCCCUGCUCAGAUUAGGCCACAUUUCCCCAGGCAGUCAAGAUGCUGGAGAUGGAAACCUCUGAAGCAGCUGAACUCAGCUGGCCUAGAAGAAUGCAAAUGAAAGGAACCUGUGCUCCUACACGUCUCCUUAUUUUAAUACCUACUCAACAAUUCCACAUCGCUGAGCUCGUGACGAGUCAGAGGACUUUUGAGACUACCGAGUGUCUUAAUGUAACAGAAUCAGGCUUUACAGUUCAGCGCCCUGGGCUUGCUGAAGUGACACGACGAGAAAACGAUCCGUGAAGCUACUGGUUCUGCGUCUCUGGUCGGGCUGUAUGGGAUCAGCAAACGCAGCAUGCCGGGAUGAUGACUGGCACAAUGCAGGCGGCUUCCUCGGUCGUUUACUCAGCUCCGGCUUAUUGGGGUUACGUUAAAGACUCAUAGCUGUUGAUUCAGUUUUGUAGGCUUAUGUGAAUAAAUGGCUUGGGCUAAAGCUUCAGGUUGUCACCACAGAAGGUUGGGUGUGAUAAAUGCCUCAUAAAUGGCUGUGCGAGGCCCCUGAUUCGAUCCUUCUGCAUGGCCGUAAGGCACCAGCUCUCUGUGGCUGCUGGUUCUGGGCGUUACAUCAGUUCCCCGUGCCUCGGUCUUCGGAAGCGUGCUUCGGCUUGGCUGGGAGCCGGUGUCACAGUACUAACGCACUGCCUGCAAACGGAUGGACGAGCCCUAGCAAAAGACGCCUGCAACUCGCUCGCAGGCUGCGGGCGGCCGCCGCUCGGCUCCACCAGGCCCACGCCACCCCGAGCAGAGCCGUGCCCGCUCCAGCACCGCCCCGGGGCCGGGGGCCGGGCCGGGCCGGGCCGGGGCCGCCCCCUUCUCCCCGCUCCUCGGCCGCUUCCGGGCGGCGGCCGCGUCACAUCCGCGCGGCGGAGAUGCCGGUUAAAUUGAAUAUUUGCAGAACACAGCUUCAUGCAGGAAGACCACCAUACAGUUGUACGUUUAGGAAAAUAUGAGAAUAAGCAGGGAGCAUUCUCUCUGAAUUAAAAAAAAAACACAAACUAUCUGUGCCUUGCUGAGGACAGCUGCAGGAAUCGGACACUUGAAUCAAUGUUAUCGGAUGAGUUAGAAUCCAAACCAGAGCUGCUGGUUCAGUUUGUUCAGAAUACUUCUAUUCCACUGGGGCAAGGGCUGGUGGAAUCAGAGCCAAAAGACAUCACCUGCCUGUCUCUCCUUCCUGUUACUGAGACCUCAGAAUGCAACAGACUCAUGUUGCCAGUAGAUGAUGAAAGAGAUCUCACUUCUCCAAGUCACACUAAUUCUUCCAAAGAUGUUUCUUCAUCUGCUGUCUUGAGGAGCCUGCAGGUAAAUGUGGGUCCUGAUGGAGAGGAAACAAGGGCACAGAAUGUACAGAAACCAUCUGAACUUCUGUCAUCAUCAGAGACUUCCAGUUUAUUGCAAGACCUCCAGCCCAGUGACAGCACUUCAUUUAUUCUUCUCAACCUAACAAGAGCAGGGCUGGGCUCUCCAGCAGAGCACUUGGUGUUUGUUCAAGAUGAAGCAGAAGAUUCUGGGAAUGACUUUCUCUCUCAUGAUAGCACAGACAGCAGUACACCGUGGUUCCUACGAGUGCAAGAAUUGGCCCAUGACAGUUUAAUUGCUGCCACUCGGGCACAGCUCGCUAAGAAUGCCAAAGCAAGCAAUAGUGGUGAAAAUGUUCAUCUUUGCUCAGGAGAUGGGCAACCGAAAGACUCUAGCCCCAUUCCUCAUUUAUCUCGUGUGGAAAGGAAGCUGAAGUGCACAGUUGAAGGCUGCGAUCGGACAUUUGUGUGGCCAGCUCACUUCAAAUAUCAUCUGAAAACACACCGGAAUGAUCGCUCCUUCACCUGCCCAGCAGAAGGCUGUGGAAAAAGUUUUUAUGUCUUGCAGAGGCUGAAGGUGCACAUGAGAACUCACAAUGGUGAAAAACCCUUUGUGUGCACGGAGCUGGGCUGUGGGAAACAAUUCACAACAGCUGGAAAUCUGAAGAACCACCUGCGAAUUCACACUGGCGAAAAACCCUUUCUGUGUGAGGCACAAGGAUGUGGUCGCUCCUUUGCUGAGUACUCCAGCCUUCGGAAACAUUUGGUUGUCCACUCAGGAGUGAAGCCUCAUCAGUGCCAAAUUUGUGGGAAGACAUUUUCCCAGAGUGGCAGCAGAAAUGUGCAUAUGAGGAAACACCACUCCAGAAUUGGAACAGCUGGCAGCAGGGAGCGAGAACAGCCAGAGUCACUGAUGGGCAGCAGUUUGCUGGAAGAAUCUACAGUGCAUAGUAAGAGUCUCAUCUCCAUGAACUCUCAGCCCAGCCUUGGUGUUGAGUCCCUGCAUCUGCCAGACACGGAGUCUAUUAUUGGAGUAGAGGAGGGUGAGACCAGCUGCUCUUUCUUCCGCCCUCUUAUAUGUGGUGACUGAAGUGGGAUUGAUCGUUCCUCCCAGAGACUCAUCAUAUUGCAGUGGGACAAGUGAGCAUUGCUUUAAGUGUGCACGGAGCAGGUGGGUAGGUGGAGAAUGAAUCCUAAAACUGGAGUUGGAGAAGACCUGCUGGACCAAGUUUCUCUCUUGCAGAGCUUAAAAGGUGAAGUCUGCUGCUUAGAUGUCAUUUAGCCCAUGUUGUGGAACGCCAUUUCAAAACUGCUUAUGCAGUCCAUUCUCCUAAAGCCUAAAGCGUUUGUUUUGCUGGAGCAGGUAGAAGCCCAGUUAAGGACCGGGACCUCAUUGUGCUAGGCACUGUGCAAACACCCAGUAUCUUGAGGAACAGGCCUUCCAUCCUUUACCUUCAGAGACUAUAUUCUAAUACAUCUCACUGUCAGAAGCUGACUUAAUAUCUGAAAUAAAUGUACUACUUGAUAUCA